CGAACGAUUGAGUAGUAUAAAUACGGUUCGUACUGCGAUCAGUUUGUAGGACUCAAAAGUCAGCAGCAAUAAUGAAAAUCUUCGUGGCUCUCUUGGCAUUCGUUGCCUUCGCCAGCGCGGCGUCCGUGGGCGAGCCGAUCGAUUCCCAGUCAAUCUCCAGCACCAUUGAGGAUCUGAUCCAUGGCAUUCAGGAGCAGAUGCCCUGCGGCUUUGCCGGCCUGGGCAUUCCCCCACUCGCCCCCCUCAGAAUCGACCACAAGAACAUCGACAUCGACACGAGCGCCUUGAAGGCCAAGGGCAGCAUCGACCACUUCCGCCUGAAUGGCAUGGACGACUUCGAGAUCGACGAGAUGAAGGUCAAUGCCCUGACCAGCAAGGUCACCUACAAGUUCACAUUCCGCAACGUGAACGUGGACACCAGCUACGACCUGACUGUGCUGCUAAAGAAGUUCGGCUUCACCAUCAAUUUGAUCGGCGCUGGACACGCCAAGUUCGCCAUCAAGGACAUGGUCAUCUGGGGCACCCUCAAGUACUCCCUGGGCGUCCUCUCCGGCAAGCUGACGCUCAAGUCCCUGGAGGUGCGCACCCACCUGGGCGAGGUCGACUCCGAGAUUGAGGGCAUCUUGGGAGAUGGCGCGGUCAACGAGAAGAUGAACCUGUACCUCGCCGAGCCGUCGAGAUGGCGGUCAACGAGAACGAGGUUAAAGAUGAAGUCCUGUGGUUUGAUUGCCGUUCUCCUGGCCCUGGCCCUAUCCCUGGGCCACUGCCAGGGCGCCGAAGUGGCCGAACCGCUGGCUGUUGAGGGUCGCUCCGUGAGCAGCGAGAUCCUGGAGCUACUGGAGGUGUUUAGAGGUCUUCUGGAGACGGGCUAUGGACCCAUGCCCAAGCUGGCCCCCGCUGAGAUCAAGCACCAGGCCUUCCAAUUCAGCACCGGAGAGUUCAGCGCCAACGGAGAAAUCAACGACUUUGUGCUGGAGGGCCUAAACGGCUUCGAGGUGAUCAUCAUGAACGUCGACCUGAUCCGGAGUCGCGUCGACUUCGAGCUGAACUUUGGGAGCAUCAACUUCACGACCCUGUACCAGGCCGAUGUGGGCAGUGGGUAUCGGAUGAAGCGCGAAGGAGGCGCCUACAUGGCCCUGGAGGACUUCAACCUCAAGGGACGGAUCAGCUACUCGCUGGGCGUCAUCUCGAGUCAAAUGAAGGUCAAGAGCAUCCUCGUCUACCCCUCGGUGGGCAAUGUGGCGUCGGAGAUCGAGAACCUCUCCAAGUAUCGCAUCUUCAACCGCAAGCUGAACGAGAUCGUCGAGGAGUUCAUCACGCUGACGGUCAACGAAAACACCGACUUCGUGGCCAAUUGGCUCAACGAGAUGGUGACCCCCCUCUGCAACGAGCUCAUCGGGGAUCGAUCCCUGAGCGACCUCAUUGGCAUUAUUACCGGCGCAAAAAACUAAUGCACGACUAAGAAACAAUAAAACCGAUCAAAAUUUCCCAUUUUAAA